AUGGAGAACAUCUUGGGCAGUCACCCGCAAGUUCGGUUGUCUGCGGAUGCGGUAAAAUUGACCGCCGAUUUGGACUUGGCUGACCCUAAAUUCGACCUACCUGGCACGGUCGAUUUGUUGCUUGGCGCCGAUGUACUGGGCAAAAUAUUACUCGGUAAGGAUCGUGUUUUGCAGCCAGGUGGCUUAGUAGCCCUCCGGACCAUAUUUGGGUUCGCAUUGAUGGGGCCUGUAUUGAGGGCUCCCCCUCCUGCUGAACCUGGAACGGCUUUGAUGGUGGGCUCCGCCCUCUCUGACGCCGUGCAGAGAUUUUGGGAAGUGGAAGAGCCACCACAAGCACCCCGCUCUGAUCCGGAACACGAGGAGUGUGAACGGUUCUACAAGAGCAACACCAGUUAUCUUCGUUCUGGCCGGAUCAUGACAAGAUUGCCAUUUCUUGCCGUACGACCGCCCCUUGGCGACUCGCGGCCUACUGCAGAGAAGCGUUUGUUGGCAAUGGAACGCCGCAUGAGCAGGGACCCGCUACUCAAAGAGAAGUAUAUUGACUUCAUGCGGGAGUAUGAGAAUUUGGGACACAUGUCUGUGUCAAAACUUGACUGGCGCUCGACGGAGCAUUUUUUCCUCCCGCAUCAUGCUGUGAUAAAGCCGUCAAGUGGCAAGCUGCGCACAGUAUUUGAUGGUUCUGCGCAGACCACAUCGGGAGUGUCCUUGAACCAGUGUCUUCAUUCUGGUCCCAAAUUGCUUAAGGACCUUUGUGACGUCAUCACGCGGUUUCGGCGUCACCAAUUCGUUUUCGUAGCUGACAUCAAGAUGAUGUUCAGGCAAACGGUAAUCCACCCUGAUGAUCGUCGAUACCAGCUGAUAUUGUGGCGGGAAAACCCGCAAGAUCCCAUACUUGUCUACGAACUCAACACGAACACAUACGGGCUGCGGUCUAGCCCCUUUUUGGCCAUACGUUCGCUUUGGGAGCUCGCAGAUCGAGAGCGUAUGUCGUUUCCUCGCGCAGCCGCCAUUUUGAAGGAGGACCUAUAUGUUGAUGACAUAUGCACUGGUGCGUCCACGGAGAGAGAGGCUCUCCUUUUGCGUGACGAAUUGAUUGGCAUCCUAGCCUCCGCAGGAUAUGAAUUGCGUAAAUGGAUCUCCAACUUACCUGCGCUCUUGGAUGGGCUACCUGAUGACCACCAGCAGGAUCCUCACCUAUUUGAGAACCGUGACAAUCCUACCAUGAUGACAGUCCUUGGAAUACAGUACAGACCAGUCCAGGACAUCUUCACGUUCAACGUCGAUUUGGAUUCGCCUCGCACUUGGACGAAACGGCUGGUUCUGUCGACUGUCGCGAGAACGUUUGAUCCCAAUGGUUGGAUAUGCCCAGUCAUAUUCUGGGCCAAAUGCUUCCUGCAGAGACUUUGGACUGCAGGUCUUGGAUGGGACGAGCCACUCCGCGAAGCUAUUUUGAAGGACUGGCUCCUGUUUGCUUCCUCAUUGCCUGCUAUCAAUAUGAUAUCGUUGCCCCGUGCUAUGCUUCCACCAGGGAAGCAUACAGCGUCCCUUCAUGGGUUCUCGGACGCUUCGGAACGUGGGUACGCAGCAGCCGUAUAUUUGCGCACCGUGACCAUGGAUGGUCAAGUGAAGGUGUCAUUGGUCAUGGCGAAGAGCAAGGUCGCGCCUCUUCGAACUACCUUGACAAUUCCCAAGCUAGAGUUGUCAGGGGCGGCCCUUCUUGCUCGCCUCUUGAAUCACGUCAUGUCCACCUUGUGCCCGUCAGUUAACAUUGAGACAGUCUAUGCAUGGACUGACAGUCAAAUUGUCCUAUGUUGGCUGAAGACGUCAGUCCACACCUUAGAGGUGUUUGUUGCAAAUCGGGUCUCUCAGAUCCAGAAAUCGGAAACCCCGUUAAUCUGGAGGCAUGUGCCUGGCGAAGUCAACCCUGCUGAUUGCGCAUCACGGGGAUGUAUGGCCCCCUUUUUGGUUGAGCACUCCCUGUGGUGGGGACCUGAGUGGUUGACCAGGUCAGAAUCUAAUUGGCCGCGAACACCGGCCUUGGAUACUGUCACAUUGCCUGGGUUGCGAACCCUUGCGAUUGAACGGCGGGACCAUCCGUUCGACCCAGAUUUCCUAAUGAAUCGCUACAGCUCAUUAGACAAAUUACUGGGGGUCACCGCUUGGAUCAAGCACUUCACCAGAAAUUGUAGACACCCACAGAACAAAUGCUUGGAGGCGUUCUUAUCGCCACAAGAGCUCCAGGAUGCUCUUCUUCAUUGGGUUCGUUCUGUGCAAGAAGAGAACUUUGAAAAUGAGAUUGAUAUUUUGAGAAAAGGCAAAUGUAAGCUGUCUGGAGCCAUUUGCAAACUGAACCCCUUUUUGGACAGUGCGGGUCUUUUGCGAGUCGGAGGACGUCUAAGGAACGCAAACCUCCCGUAUGGAGCUCGUCAUCCCCUCCUGUUGCCCAAAAGUGGCCACUUAGUGAGUUUGUUGGUGACUGAUCGUCACAUCAAGAACUCCCACGCCGGCUGUAAUGCCUUAUUGGCCAUUUUACAACGAGAAUUUUGGAUUUUAUCGGCCCGAAGGACGAUCCGUAGUGUGGUCUUUCGCUGCAUGUCUUGUUAUAGACUCAAGGCCUCUACCAUGCAGCCUAUCAUGGGUGACCUGCCGUCGGAUCGGGUCACAGAGACAAGGCCCUUUGCUGGAGUUGGGACAGACUUUGCAGGUCCCUUUUCGGUUAAGACCUCGACCCUCAGGAACAGUAAAACGGUCAAGUCCUACCUGUGCGUCUUUGUUUGCCUGUCCACCAAGGCGGUACACUUAGAACUAGUCUCAGCCCUCUCGACAGAGGCCUUUGUUGCGACGUUAGAUAGAUUCGUGUCACGACGAGGACUACCGUCCUUGAUUCGACUAGCUAGUCGCAGAAUAACUUGGAAGUUCAGUCCCGCGUCAUGCCCCCACUGGGGAGGAAUUUUUGAAAGUGUUGUAAAGGUUGCCAAAACACAUUUGCGACGAGUAAUUGGCGAGUCCGUAUUAACAUUUGAGGAGCUCGCAACUGUGUUUUGCAAAAUUGAAGCCAUGUUGAAUUCACGCCCGUUGUGCCCGAUCUCUUCAGACCCUAACGAUUUGGAAGCCCUCACACCGGGCCAUUUUUUGAUUGGACGGCCGCUGAACGCCCUGCCGGAAUACCCCUAUGUUGAUGUUAAACUCAAUCGUCUCUCGCGGUUUGAAUUGAUCCAACAACUCACUCAGAGCUUUUGGAAACGUUGGAAUUUGGAAUAUUUGCAUAAUCUCCAGCAGCGCGUUAAGUGGACUGACAAGACUGAUCCACCGCAUGUUGGUGACCUCGUUCUGGUUAAGGACGCUAACUCACCGCCACUGUGUUGGCGCAGAGGGCGCAUUCUUAACCUCGUCUUUGGAGCAGAUGGAGUGCCCCGUUUUGCUGAGGUUCGGGUGGACGGUUCUGUUCUGAAGAGAGCGGUAUCAACCUUGUCACGACUGCCAAUUGAUUAG